UUAAAUUAUUACUUGGUGUGGUAAUAGGCUUCAACAACAUGCUGAGUUAACAUUUCUAGAUUUCAAACAUGCCUGUACUGAGUAUAGAGGAGUACAAGAGAAAUUUUGUAAACGUUAACAGAUAUGGCAAAUCUGGGGUGUCUUCUGAUGGCUGGCCUAGACAAACCCUUGUUGUGUACAAAUGCGAAUGGGACAUAGAAUGUGACAGCCAUUUCAACAAAGGCCAGAUACCAUGGUCAGUAAUCAGGAAUGAGGAGGAUUGCCAUGCGGAGACAUAUCUGUUGAAUUCACUGAGGGAGAAACUGAAAACCUAUCAUUCAUUCAGAUACGAAAACUUCCAAAAUAAACCAGACGAAUUCAAGAAGAAUCUCCACACGCAAAAGGACAGUCCAAAAGACAUAAAGCCUGUCGGCUACUUCUUUCUCCACGUAUAUCUGAGUUAUUCCCCCUGUGGUGAGUGCGCAGAUCAGCUGAUAACCUUCGCCAAAGAGUUCCACAUUAAGUUAGACAUCCAGAUCAACAUUUCCUUCGGCACUUUUUACAAGCACACUGAGCCAUCCAACUGGGUCGGUCUGCUAAGACUCCGCAAUUUCAACACAGUCAAUAGAGAUGAGAGCAGAAUUUGCAUGUCCAUACUUAAUGGAGCAGAUAGUUGGGAUAAGUUCUUUCAAGACAUCGAGGUCAAAGGAACUAAAACAUUAUCAAAGUGGAGGGAAAUAGCAACUACAGGUCUGAGACGUGAACGAGAAUCGGAAGACGACAGAAUUUUCAGGAUGCUUGAGGUGCCAAAACCAGUGCCUUUGGGACGAUGUUUUAAUUUCUUUCAAUGUUUCCACAUUCACACACCAUGUAGAUGGAAUCACCAGUGUUUGUGGUGUGAUUAUAUCCAUGAAAUUCCACACCUGUGUGAUAAGUUUGUAUGAUCAUACAUGAGACAAUCACAUGAGUUAAAGGUACACCACAAACAAAGACUCAACCUGGUGAUCUAAGUUUUGACAAAGAUUAAAACAUUUUUGGUCACACAUGAAUUGAGCCUGACUUUAACUAUGCCUAGUAUUGUAAAGAUAUAUGUUCUUGCUAAGUUACACUGAGAUUGAGUUACAAAUGUAGCCUCUUAAGUAAUGACAAUCCUUUUAUAAGGUUUUACCUUGUUUUUGGAUGCAUGUGACCCAAAUUCGAAUUUGUAACAGGGUGGUAUUACCUCCCUAUAUGUUAGGGGAAUUUCCUCCGUUUAAAAUAUUCUUUCUUAGAUUAAUUAUAUUUAUUGUUUAUAAAUAAUAUUGGUGUGAACAAUAAUAUACGUAUUUUCUAAUUGUGUAACUAUUUGAAAUAUAUGUUGUAGUUAAAAAAAGUUUAAAUAUUUUCUUAUAUAAAUUUUAUGUAAUAAUCAGGGAUCAUAUUUUUUUUGGUUUUGUCGGUCCUAGACCAAUUGGCGUCAUGAAAGACCGAUUGAAAAUCCCAAACAGUCAGUCCGAUUCUGUAUGCAAAAAUUCCCAUACACAGUGCCCAUGCUAACCUAAUUACAUUCUUAUCUCGAUUAGGUGUGAUCAACCAAUUGCUGCAGUCUCUAAACCAGUCAGGACCGGUUUAUUGCAUGUCAGACCAAGAAUAAAAAAUUGUGAACAGUGGUUUUAAGACGCGUCAGAAAUUAAUGAGGGUGGUCGAAAAUUUUGCAAACUGUUAAAAUCACAAAACACUUGAAGAGACUUAAGGCCUGUGAUGUACAUAUUGAUCGAUUAUCGGUGUCUUACGGUAUCAAGCACUCGAUAACUAUUGCGUUGUUUUGUUACAUUUCAUAAAUGUAUUGUUAUCACUGUGGACUGUAAUAAAUUUCAUAAUAUCUGAGAUAAAAGUAAAAAACAAUUAUUUGGUUUUGUUAUUGUCUGUAGCCAACCUCCGCACAGACAUUUGUUUGUCUAUAAUAUAACGUUAAUUUUCAGGAUUUCGAAUGUAAUUUUUUUAAUACUUUUUCCCCAUUUAAAUCCAGACCGAUUAAUGUUGCAGGAAAAUAUGAUCCCUGUUAAUAAUGUAAAUUUAGGUCGGCCUUCCCGCUAGUUGGGCAAGGUAAUCAGGUUAAUCCAGAUGAGUAGUUCAAUGUACUGGUAGUACAGCUAUAAAAUACAAGGUUACAUACUCUGAUAUUUAGUAUACUUAUAAGAGUUGAAAUAAAUGAGUUAAAACGACA